AUGAAAUCAAAUCUAAGAGAUGAGGUUAAAAAAGAUAUAUUACAAGACUUGAAUUUGAGACUCGGAGGAGAUAUAAACAAUCUAGAAGCUGCUCACGAUUUAGAAAAUGAAUUAGCUAGCCAAAGGGAUCGUCUUGAAAGAUCACUCAAUGCUGCUAAUGAUGAAGUACCUACAAAGCUUUCUGCAGCCAUCACAAAAGCAGAACUCAACUCUCAGCAAAUUGAAAACCUGAAAACCAAAAGUGAAGAUUUUAAAAAGAGAGCCAAUGACUUUCUCAGCCGAACCCAACCGUUGCUUAGUGAAUUGGAUAAAAGAUUUACAGCUAUAGAUAAAUUGGAGAAAGUGUUGGAGUAUUUUAAAUCAUAUGCCAAAAUACAGGAUUUAAGUCAACAGAUGAAAAACUGUAAGGAUGAUGAGCAACUGGUACUUAUGUAUAGUGAAAUGAAAAAAAUGUGUCUUCAAUAUAAAAAUUCACAUCAAGCUACAUAUGCAAAGGACUACACACACUAUUGGCACAAUAUACUGAAAGAAAAUUUAAUUAAGCAUUAUGAAGAAGUGCUAAAGUUAUUAAAGUGGCCAUUCACAUCAGGUGCUGAAAACUCACCAAUUGCAAAAGAUGUCAUGAACAAAUUCAACAAUCUGACAAAGAAUCUAUUCCUAAUUCAAGAGCCAGAGGAAAUAUUGGCCAAUGCUGCAGUAACAGGGGACUAUUCUGAUGUACAUGAGCCCUGUCUUCCAAUUAAAGUACUACUGAAGCCUCUAAAAAAGCGUUUCACUUUCCACUUUACUGGAAACCGUCAAACAGCAAGGAUAGAUAGGCCAGAGUGGUUCUUAACUCAGACAUUAACUUGGAUAAAGGAUCAUCAAACAUUCAUCAAAAAUAACAUACAGCCAAUUGCUGAUAAACUUGAACUGAGGAAUAUUAAUACUGUUGAUGAAUUCACUGAAGGCUUAGUUGCGCUAGCAGCAGAAAGACUGCACACUGUUUUAGGUUUAUAUCACACACAAGGCUCUAAAGGCGAUAUAAUAGAUGUGGAAGCGGCGUUUGCGCAUGCAGUCGACGAAACAUUAGGCUUUCAUAAAGAACUAAGCGAGAUCACUGGAUAUGAAUCAAAUAGUGUUCUCUCUGUAUUGACGAAGGCGGAAACGUUUGUUCAGUGGUUGGCUGUUGAAAAGAAAUACGCUUUAUCAAAAAUGGAUGAAAUGCUAGACACUGAACAAUGGAUAGAGCCAGUGGUAGCGGGAGUAGGAGCAGCCAUCGGCUCUCUUUUAUGGGUUCCCAGGGGUUCAGACUGGUUCAUCUCUCUGUUAAAGACCAUUGAAGACCGAUACGUCACUUUACCACAACCUGGCCAUCGGAUUCAGUUUUUAGAACUGCAACUUGAAUUGAUUGAAGAGUGGCGCAUACGUCUUACACAAAUUAUGAGUGCUACAGCAGAUAGUUUAACGCCAGAUUGCUUUUUAGUCGCUGGUCCUCAUCCCUUAACAGCCAUUAUUAAUACUGCACAGCACACAAGAAGUGUUCUAUUGCAGUGGGCUCAUUCACUCCAUUACCUGCAACUGUACUAUUACCGGCGCCAAUUCCAACAGUUCACGCAACAGCAACAUGCCAGUGGUGAAAUUGAAAGCGAAUCGUCGACAAGUUCUGAAGAAGAAGAGGAAACUGACGAAGAAUUUUACAAAGAAGAAAAUGAAAAUGACGCGGAAAGUUCACUCUGUUUAGAGGAAGUUGAAGCAAGAGCAAAGAGCUUGGCCUUGAAAGAAGUGACGAAAAGAAAUUCCAUUAUAAUAGACGCUAGUCAGUAUGAGACGAUGACAACCGUCAUAGCAAACCCAGCUGUAGCCGACCCCUUGCCAGAAGGAGGUGGAGACGAAGACGGCGGCGUCUUCGGCGAUGCGCCUGCGCUGUUGCAUCACUUGAGACAAGCAGGACUCGCUGUGCUCGUACAGUUUUUGCUGUUAGAGUUCAGGGACCAUUUACACGAGUACAAGUCUCAGAAAUGGCACGCGAUGCUGCUGGUAGAGGAAAGGGCAUUGUGCAUGUCAAGUACGCUGGGACGGCCACUGUCUUCUAUGUGUACGCGUCUCGUUACUCUGUCUGAGAGUUUGGCUCCAGCAAUAGCGCAACUUCUAAAAGCGGAACUGGCAUUGCAAGUCGAUAGUUGUAUUUUCCGUGAAGUGGUUUUAAACAAUUGGUUCAACACAGGAGGGACAUUGCAAUUCACGCAUGAUGUGACAAGAAAUAUUCUACCCGCGUUUGCUCGUUUUGAAAAUAAAAUGCCUGAAACGAAUCCCGUGCCCAGGCUAACGGAAUCCUGCACGCUCCUAAACUUGGAUUAUGAUGACGCUCGCCGAAUACGAACUGGAUUGAACAAGAAUGACCCGGAGACCCUUGCUGCACUCGCGACCUUGGGGGUGGUAACCAUAACACCAGUUGAAGCUCUACAGAUACUGAACCAGCGCACGGACUUGGCUGACGCUUCAUCACCGACAUCUGUCAUGGAAUUAUUCUGA